ACCAGUUCUGUAACAGGUCAUUCAGAUCCUCCUCCACCUGCAGCUGACCUGAGAGCAAUGAAUCCUGGGUACGCGUCUGCACCUUACCCUGCUGAGACCGUCGCCCUGCAGGACAGGAAACAUGAAAUGUCCCCUAGACAGCCUGGGGGUCCCACAGGAGUUCAACACACUCUUGUGUACGUCCCCACUGAGCCUCCAAGAGAUUAUCUGGUCUGGUCUCUGUGGAACUUGGUCUACGGAAAUAUUUUCUGUCUUGGAUUGGUGGCUCUCGUUUAUUCUGUCAAGGCCAGAGACAGGAAGAUGGUUGGAGAUGAGGACGGAGCCAGACAUCACGCCUCCACCGCUCGCGCUCUCAACAUCGCGGCGACUGUCCUGACAUUUUUAGCCAUCUUUCUCUCCAUAGUUGUGCCCAUUGCUAUAAUUGCAGAGGGGGCAAGAUAUUACAGAUAUCGCUAUCGCGGAUAUUAAUAAGUAACUUUUGUGAAGUAUGACGGGUUUUUAAACACCAUGACCUGUUUUUAUUUUGUGCCUCAAAUAAAACUGUAACAGCAGAACUAGUAAUGAGAUCUGAGGCGACAAAGAAGAACUUCAUUUGAAAUAAGUUCAUUUGCUUAAAAUCUGCAAAGUGUGUUUUAGAUCACAUGAAUGAAAAGCUUGCAUUGUAACGAUAACAGUCCUGUGCUCUGAAAAACACAAAAAUACAAAUUCUUUUGUGUGUA